UCCUCCGGGCGCACACUGACAUGGCUACGCCGAUAUUGAGGGGUGCUCGCGAACUGUUGAAGCUUGUGGACUUCACGCCGGUCCCACGGAGACAUCGAUUUAAGAAGAAAUGGGCUACUACAGAACCCAAAUUCCCUGCCAGUCAGCUGGCUCUGCAAAAUUUUGACAUGACCUACAGUGUGCAGUUUGGGGAUCUUUGGCCAUCAAUCCGAGUUAGUCUUCUCUCAGAGCAGAAGUAUGGUGCAUUGGUCAAUAAUUUUGCUGCUUGGGAUAAUGUGAGUGCUAAGCUGAAGCGACUGAGUGCCAAGGACUUUGUGAAUGAAGCCAUCUCCCAGUGGAAACUGGAGCCUGAGAGUGGCCACUCUGCAACCCCAUCCCCAGGCUUCAGUCCAAACCUUCGAUGCUUCACUUUCUCCAAAGGGGAUGUUAGCCGUUUCCCUCCUGCCAGACUUGGAAGCCUAGGUGUCAUGGAUUACUACCUGAUGGAUGCUGCCUCGUUGCUACCUGUCCUGGCUCUUGGCCUGCACCCUGGGGAUACUGUGCUUGACCUGUGUGCAGCACCUGGGGGAAAAACACUGGCAUUGCUUCAAACUGGCUGUUGCCGCAAUCUUGCUGCCAACGAUCUCUCUACUUCUCGAACAGGCAGACUACAGAAGGUCCUUUACAACUAUGUACCUCAAGAAAUUAGGGAAGGAAACCAAGUUCGAAUCACCUCAUGGGAUGGCAGGAAGUGGGGAGAGGUGGAAGGGGACACUUAUGAUCGGGUGCUGGUGGAUGUGCCAUGUACCACAGACCGCCACUCCCUUCAUGAGGAGGAGAACAACAUCUUUCAGCGGUCAAGAAAGAAAGAGCGGCAAAUGUUGCCUAUGCUGCAAGUGCAGCUACUUGCGGCUGGACUUCUUGCCACCAAACCAGGAGGUUACGUUGUCUAUUCCACCUGCUCACUGUCACACUUACAGAAUGAGUAUGUGGUGCAAGGUACCAUUGAGCUUCUGGCCAACCAGUACAGCAUCAAGGUUCAAGUGGAAGACUUGUCUUACUUUCGAAAGGUUUUCAUGGACACAUUCUAUUUUUUCUCAUCCUGCCAGGUUGGAGAGCUGGUAGUGCCAAACCUCCUCGCCAAUUUUGGUCCUAUGUACUUCUGCAAAAUGCGUAGGCUGACAUAGCAUCACCCUGUCCCUGAAAUAGGAUGACAAAGACUCUGUUGGUGGCAUUAUGAACUGAGACCAGCAGCAGAGAUAUACUCUGGGUCCCAUCUCUAUCCCGUUUGUUUUUCUGAAAAGAGGUUUAAGCAGAAGGAAGUAAGACUGCUAUUCCAUUGUAGAUUAUCAGCAGGUUUCUAACUCAUACACCUACCUUUAUCAUCUAGCCUAUCCUAAAGGGCUUACAAGGAGCUAAUGAAUAAGCCUAUCAUUUAUUAUAAGCUGUAAAUUUGGGAAGAAACAUUAUACCCAAUAAAAUUGUUGAAGUGCCAUA